AUGGAGGCUGCUUCACCCCGCUUGGGAGGCGAGUCUCAGCUCAAUGUCUUUCUGGAACUCCAGCCUUCCCGGCCACAGCCUGCUGAUGCUCAAGUCCACUGGAGCCCUUAUCUUCAUGAGAACUCAUUGUGGUCCACUAAGGCAGAUCUCAGCCUGCUUUAUGAUGCAACGCCGGUGGCAACGCAGCUGGCUCCCAGGGAUAAACUCCCACUGAGUUGGAAGAGACCUUUUGGGGCUGGCGCUGGCCUCCGGAAUAUGGGAAACUCCUGCUACAUGAAUGCGGCCCUGCAGUGUCUGACGUACACACCGCCCCUGGCCAACUACAUGCUGUCCCAGGAGCACUCGGAAGCCUGUCACCGGCAGGGAUUUUGCAUGCUGUGUGCUAUGCAGGCUCACGUUACUCGGGUCCUCCACCAUCCUGGCGACGUUAUCCAGCCCUCGUGUGCACUGGCUGCUGGCUUCCACAGGUACAAGCAGGAAGAUGCCCAUGAAUUUCUCAUGUUCACUAUGGAUGCCAUGAAGAAGGCAUGUCUGCCUGGGCACAGGCAGUUCGAUGGUCACUCGGAGGAUGCCACCCUAAUCCAUCAAAUAUUUGGAGGCUACUGGAGAUCCCAAGUCAAGUGUCUCCACUGCCAUGGCAUCUCAGACACCUUUGAGCCUUACCUGGAUAUUCUAUUGGAUAUCCAGGCAGCUCAGAGUGUGAACCAAGCCCUGGAAAAUUUGGUGAAGCCCGAACAGCUGGAUGAAGAAAAUGCCUAUCAAUGCAGCGUUUGUCUGCAGAAAGUGCCUGCUUCAAAGAGCUUGACGAUGCACAUUUCCUCGAAGGUCCUCAUCCUUGUACUGAAAAGGUUCUCGGAUUUCACAGGCAACAAAAUUACAAAGGAAGUGCAAUAUCCUGAGCGUCUCGACAUGCAGCCAUACAUGUCUCAGCAGAACCGAGGAUCGCUUGUCUACACCCUCUAUGCUGUGCUGGUUCACGCAGGGUGGAGCCGUCACAACGGACAUUACUUCUCUUACGUCAAAGCUGGGAACGGCCAGUGGUACAAAAAGAAUGACGCUAAGGUAACUGCCUGUGACAUCACUUCUGUCCUGAAUCAACAAGCCUAUGUCCUCUUUUACAUCCAGAGGGGUGAAUUGGAAAGGGACAGGACGGGCGUGUCAGCAGGCGGGGAACUGAGCGUCCUUGGGGCCGAAGACAACGACGUGGGAGCACCCCAAGGAGAGCUCGAAAGAGACUCUGACAUCGCGGGUCCUGGGUCUGAGGAGCACCUGGAGAAAGCAGCAACCAAAGAAGUCACCUUAGACCAGUGGAAAAUCCUCCAAGAACAAAACCGGCCUAAGCCUGUAUUCGACCUGAGAAAAACAGAAUGCACCCUGCCUUCCAAUGCAGUCGUGAUUCACCCGUCGAAGUUCAAGGGUGGGUCGAACAAGAAUCAUCCUGAACGGGAAAACCAGCUGGUGGACAAACUGCCCGGGGCCAGAACCGGUCUGGGGCCUGUGAACACUGGCAAACUCUCUUUUCAGGGAGAAAGGGCUCGAAGGGCCAAGAGGAAGAACAUGCAGGGCAAGAGGACUCUGGUUCUGUUCCGGUGA